AUGGUUAGUCGGCUGUUGGUGGUGCUUUUCCUGAUUCAGGUUGCUUUGGCAACCGAUGACUGCACGGGAAGUAAGUCACAUUGCAUUUCCGAUUUUUCGUUGGCUUCCUUGCAUUAUAUUGUUUUAAUCGAUUUCGGAAGCGGUUGCAGCCAAGGGCCCGCCGGCGGUGCCAAUGCAGAUCAAUGUGCUGCCGGUCAGUGCAAGCAGUUGGAUGGGGUUUGUGAAUUGUCUUUGGCCCAUGUUUCUAUCCAGGGCGGCAUCAUGUACGAAUGCUUCUGCUCGAACUGCAACAAUGUUACAAAUGCCUGUGCUACUACGACAAAGGCGACAACCGUCAAAACGACCACUACCAAAGCUACCACCACGAAAGCUACGACCAAGGCCAGCACUACACCCAGCACGGCUGCUAGCACGACAGAGAGCACAACCGAGAGCACGACGGAGAGUACAACGCCUACCACAACGGAGAGAGCUACCACGAAGGCAGCAGCAGCCAAUGCUACAACGACUGCAGCGACGGCUAGUUGUGGAACUGAUGAUCCAAACUGCGCCGUCUGGGUAUCCAAUGGCUUCUGCACCUCAUCAGGAUACACUGCCGCGCAGCGACAACAAUACUGCCCGAACUAUUGUGGCCAAUGUGGAGCAACUUCGACCCAAAGCGCUACCACAAGCCGCGUAGCCAGCACCGCGAGUACUUUUGUAAUUACCACGGCGAUGGUAACAGCCGCCCCAGCUGCGACCACUACGAUGAAGAAGGCUAGCUGCGGAACUGAUGAUCCUAAUUGCGCCACGUGGGUGGCCAACGGCUUCUGCACUUCGUCGGGUUACACAGCUGCCCAGCGAAAGCAAUACUGCCCGAACUAUUGCAAUCAAUGUGUGGCGACGACGACGACGUCAAAGCCAACGACCGCCGUGACUACCAAGACCACUACCAAGGUGGCGACCGUCAAGGUGACGACAACAACACUCAAGCCCACGACUGCCAAGACGACACUCAAGACCACGACAAAGAAGAAA